AUGUCAUGGUCAAUCGCCACUGCUGCCGUUAUUUUCGCUCUAAAUUCCUUGCAGUACCGAUGUGAAGCUGUGGCAGCAAGGCUCAGGUUACAGGGGCCAUUGAGGGCAAAUGGUACGGGACGAGUUGAGGUUUUCCACGACGGAGAAUGGGGCUCAAUCUGUGAUGAUAAAUGGGAUAUAAACGAUGCUAGGGUUGCAUGUCGUCAGCUUGGUUAUUUGGAUGCUAUUAGAGCACUCCCAGGACUCAAGGUCCCUUUCGCUUCUGGUCGCAUAUGGUUGAGUGAUGUCUCUUGUACAGGAGAAGAGGAAAAUAUAACAAGUUGUUCUCAUCCGGAAUGGGGGACUAGUAAAUGUUCUCAUUCCGAAGACGCUGGAGUAGAAUGUAAAAGAGCAGAGAAACCAUCGGUGACAGUGAAUUGUUCUAACCUCAUCACGGUACAUCAAGGUGAUAGCAUCACGUGCGUAUGUCGAGGUGAAGGAGGAAUCCCAGCUGCCAGUGUAACGUGGUAUAAAAACCAAACACAGGUUGGUGAAACUGGAAUAGAACAGGAAACACUAGUUCUCGUCAAUCUUGAUGUAUCUGACAGCGGAUCAUAUAAAUGUGUAGCACAAAGUGACCAAUUAAGAGAUGAAAAAUCAAUCGAAGUUGUUGUUUAUGUUUUCAGUGGGUACCUGAGACUACGAGGUCCAUUUAAAGACAGUGGCACCGGUCGCGUGGAAAUUUUCCACAAUGGACAAUGGGGGACAAUCUGUGAUAAUCAUUGGGAUAUAAGAGAUGCUAGGGUUGUAUGUCGGCAGCUUGGUUAUGUUGACGCUGUUAGUUCUCUUCGUGGAUACCAGGUUUCGUCCGGUUCUGGUCGUAUAUGGUUAUCUGACGUCGCUUGUACCGGCUCUGAACAAAAUAUAACUGGUUGCUCUCAUGGGAAAUGGGGAGACAAUAAAUGUAGGCAUUCCGAAGACGCUGGAGUAGAAUGUACUACAACAGGUGAAAUUGCGUCAGUCAGGUUGAAAGGACCAUUGAGUGAAAGUGGAAUCGGCCGUGUUGAAAUAUUGCACAAUGGAGAAUGGGGGACAAUCUGUGAUGAUGGCUGGGAUUUAAAUGAUGCCAAGGUUGUAUGUCGUCAACUUGGUUACCUAGAUGCUGUUAGAUCUCUUCGUGGGUAUAUGGUUCCUUCCGGUGAUGGCCAGAUAUGGCUGGAUGAAGUGGGUUGUACCGGAAGAGAAUCGAGUUUGACCAACUGUUCGUAUACCGGAUGGGGAAAGAGUAUUGACUGUCAGCAUUCUGACGAUGCCGGAGUAGAAUGUACCAAUGAAGUGAAAACUCCACCGGUGAGGCUAAAAGGACCAUUGAGUGAGGAUGGUACAGGUCGUGUUGAAGUGUUUUUUAAUGGCGAAUGGGGGACAAUUUGCGAUGAUACAUGGAACACAAAAAAUGCCAGGGUUGUAUGUCGUCAACUGGGUUACCCAGACGCCGCCAGAACUCUAGCAAGAAGCCAGGUAUCACCUGGUUCCGGACCGAUAUGGUUGGAUAACGUCGUGUGUACAGGAAGAGAAAAAAGUUUGGACAACUGUCAACGUGGAGGUUGGGGGCAUAAUUAUUGCUCACACUACGAAGACGCUGGAGUAGAAUGUUCUUCAUCAGGUGCAGUCACAUAUGAAUAA